AAGUUUAAAACGACUUGAUAUUUAGAUAUAAUGUUGGGGCGGACUUCCCUUGGGUUAUGUCGGGGAGGGAGUGGAGUACCUCUACUCCGUGCUGCCGGAGUUCAACCCUCUAGAGCUAACUCAGGGCCUCCACCUAAACUAGAAUGUUUUAUUGAUGGGAAGAAGGUUCUUGUUGAUCCUGGUACCACUGUUUUACAGGCUGCCGCUAUGGUCGGAGUAGAGAUUCCCCGCUUCUGUUACCAUGAUCGUCUCAGUAUCGCCGGAAACUGCCGGAUGUGCUUAGUGGAAGUAGAAAAAUCCGCUAAACCGGUCGCAGCCUGUGCUAUGCCAGUCAUGAAUGGAUGGAAGAUAAAGACCAACUCCGACUUCACCCGUAAAGCUAGAGAAGGUGUGAUGGAGUUCCUUCUGGUUAAUCAUCCACUAGAUUGUCCUAUUUGUGAUCAGGGAGGGGAAUGCGAUCUCCAGGAUCAAUCCAUGGCGUUCGGUUCCGAUAGGUCCAGGUUUACUGAUAAUGAGUUCCUUGGUAAGCGAGCAGUUGAAGAUAAGAAUAUCGGUCCUCUCGUCAAAACUGUUAUGACACGUUGUAUUCAUUGCACAAGAUGUGUGAGAUUUUCGUCCGAGGUUGCCGGAGUAGAAGACCUUGGAACCACAGGACGAGGAAACCAGAUGCAGAUCGGAACCUACGUCGAGAAAAUGUUGAUGUCUGAACUCUCUGGGAACGUGAUCGAUCUCUGCCCCGUCGGAGCUCUUACUUCCAAACCCUACGCGUUCAUGGCCCGGCCCUGGGAGACCAGGAAGACCGAGUCCAUCGACGUCUUGGACAGCGUCGGCAGCAACAUCGUGGUGACCCACAGGACCGGGGAGGUUCUGAGGAUUAUGCCGAGGAUGAACGAGGACGUGAACGAAGAAUGGAUUUCAGACAAGACAAGGUUUGCCUACGAUGGUUUGAAAAGACAAAGAUUAACUACUCCCAUGCUUCAGGACGGAUCCGGAAACCUAGCUCCAGUAAGCUGGGAGGAUGCUAUUGUUGCAGUAGCUAAAGCUCUGGACUCUACCCCCUCUGAUCAAGUUGCCGCUGUGGCCGGAGGACUAGCGGACGGAGAGUCUCUGAUGGCUCUGAAGGAUCUUCUGAACAGACUGGGGAGUGAAACUUUGUGCACUGAAGAAAUAUUCCCAGAUGAUGGAACAGGAACUGAUCUAAGAUCUAAUUAUCUGAUGAAUACUGGUAUAGCUGGAGUAGAAGAUGCAGAUCUUGCUCUUCUCAUUGGAACCAACCCAAGGUUCGAGGCUCCAGUGUUUAACGCUAGACUCCGUAAAUGCUGGAUCCACAACGAGCUGAACCUUGCCAUGGUCGGACCCAAGGUCGACCUCACAUACGACUACGAGCACCUCGGAGAUUCCACUGAUAUCCUGAAGAAACUGGCGGACGGAUCCCACCCCUUCUGUAAGACCUUGAACAGUGCUAAGAACCCCGUCGUUAUUGUCGGUAGUGAAGCUUUACAGAGAGAGGACGGAGGAGCUCUUAUUAACCUUGUACAACAGAUUGCUGAUAAUGCCAAGACUAAGAGCGGAGCUGAUCCUGAAUGGAGAGUUCUUAAUGUCCUCCACCGUGUAGCAAGUCAGGUUGCUGCCCUGGAUCUAGGUUGGAAGGCUGGUGUGAGUGAUGUAAGAGCUGCUAAACCUAAAGUUCUCUGGUUGCUGGGAGCUGAUGCAGGAACUAUCACUAGAGAAGAUCUUCCUGCUGACUGCUUUGUUAUUUACCAGGGACACCAUGGAGAUGCUGGAGCCGCCAUAGCUGACUGUAUCCUACCUGGAGCAGCUUAUACAGAGAAACAGGGUACAUAUGUUAACAUGGAGGGACGUGCUCAACAAACUUUUGCUGCUCUAACCCCACCCGGAGAAGCCAGGGAGGACUGGAAAAUUAUCAGGGUCGUCUCAGAGGUUAUCGGAGAGAAACUUCCCUAUGAUAAAAUAUUUGAGCUGAGAGCUAGGAUGGCUGAGGUAUCUCCCAGUCUCGUGAGGUACGGAACUACCGAAACCGCAAAUUUCUUUGCCCAGUCCGUAGCGAUGGCUAAAUCCUUGAAAUCUCAGAUUAGCGCGAACAAGAUCGAUGUGAGCAAGAAAGUUUUGGAGGAUUUCUACCAAACAGACAGCAUCAGUCGUGCGUCACCAACCAUGGCUAAAUGCGUCACAGCUGUGAAGGCACAGAGAGAAAGCAAGUACGCAAAGUCAUAAUUGAUGCGUCUCUGUUAACCGAAUUGAAACUUAGAUUUAAAUUUUUAUUCCGAAUGUAGAAACCUAUGUUAAUAUUCCGAUAAUAAUAUACAAAUAAAAUAAAAGAUAUAAAGUUUGAA